UCCAGGCGGCGGAGAAGUGGACGCAGUGUCCGCACCAGGACGAGAAGAACUGGACGAGCCAGGCGGAGGAGGAGUUGGUGACGGCGGACGUCAGGCCGGCCCCGCUCAGCACCGCCAGUCCGUCGUCCUCCGAGUACAGCCGGUCCGCCGCGGACGCCAUUUGGAGGGCGAGCAGCAGCGUCCAGCACAAGCGGAACAUCCCGAGCAUGGUGGCGAGGACAAGCCGUCAGAGUCCAGGGAGACAAACAGCGGCGGUCAGACAUGAGUAAACUCCCCCCUCUUCCUCCUCCUCCUCCUCCCUUCUCCACCGGAAGUAAGCACGUCUCACUUGGCGUCGUUUCCGGUAACGAGCGUGCUGCCGCCUGCUUUUGUCCACACGAUGACGCUGCUGUAUUACAACUUUCCCUUCCGGUUUUAAAUCCUGGUUGUCAUAAGCAGUACAUGCUCAUGCAUCAUUUUCAAGAAAACACGACACUGCUGGCUUUGCUAAAGUGGAUCUAUGUGUUUGUUUUUUUAACGCGGUUCAAAGGAAGCUAAUCAUUCUCCACUUCCUGUUCACACGGCGUUCUGUAACCAUGGCAACUCACCACUAGGACACCGCGGAGACACAAUGGCGUUGAAUAGAGCCGUCAUCUUCAGCGGGAGCGUGACGUCACCCAGAUUGGGCGUGGUCAGAGAGUCUAUGCUAACCAAUCCAUUGCUGAUCAAGGCACGUGUGGGUCAGAUCGGUUCCAGAGGUCUUUAUAUUCCUGGUCCAGAUUUCACUUGUGGAGCCUGCAGUACACAAGGAGAUGGGGGCGUGGCUGAAGUCCUGUCGGGGUGGAGGGUCCAGUCCAAACAACAAAGCUCCGCCCCCCGUAAACCGCGCACCCCGGAUUUUGUGGCCCUCAACCGGGACGCGGCCCGCUGCGGGCUGGUGACGGCCAAACAACUGAAGGAGUACCGGGCGCAAAGGGCCAAGCAGGACCCGGUCCCCAAAGUCCAGAGGGCGAGAACCUCCCCGCAUCCGGCGAUCCCCGACAUCACCUUUGGAAUCUCAACCACCAGGUCGGCGUCUCCAUUCUUUGAUCUUCUGUCUCACGACUACGGCCGUCGUUGGCGGGAAGACAUCAUGAAACGGAGUCGUGACAGCGAACGAUUUAAGAGGGUGCAGCAGUGUGGUUCCCCCAUCGAGACAAGGACUACGUUAUUGCGGAGGAGCAUGCGUGUUCCCCACGCCAACACGCAGGUGCAAUGUGGUUCCAUUGAAGACUCGAGGACUACUUCAGUGCGAAGGAGCACACGUCUUCCUCAUAGCAACAAACAAAGUGUCCACACUAAGGUGUGUGCUGCGCUGGACACGUUCAGGAGGUAGAACAGGUGUGUUCAAGUCCACAGGUGAAGACAUCCAAUAAAAGUCAAUUUGAGUCA